CCAUCCUUCUUGAGCCGCUUUUGACGUGCAGGCAGGGUCCUCCACCCAACGUCCAACGUCCAACAAGCAACUCGCUACGGACUCACCUUUCGUCGUAGACUGCUCCCUGUAUACCUACAUCCAAUCGGAGGAGGAGAAUGCGCGGUGCACAAUCCGCACGAGCGCUAAGCGGCUGCGCCUUUCACGUCGAACGAUGCUCCUGGUCCGCUCGCUCGCGCUGCUUGCGCAGCAUCGCGCAAAGCUCCGAGCCGUCGACCAGCAGCACAUCAGUACUUCCAGCAAGCUCUGCCAGGUAUAGCGACCGGCGUUAUUUCGUCGGCUCGCCCAGCGCUCGUCUACCUCGAGCCCUUCCGCCCGGACGCAGAGGUGGCCUGACCUCUGCAGACGUGAGCAGAGAAGACGAUGCGGAGGAGGAGGAACUCGAAGCUUCUGAACAAGCUGGGGAAGUGAAGGCUGGUCAGAUGGAAAUGGAACAGUCUGCGGAUCUGCCUUGGUUCUUGCAGGCUGCACCAGUAGAGCAAGAGCAGAUCGUCGAGGAGGCAGAGACGCCGGACAUGCACUCGGAAGAGCGAGCACGUUUGCGCCAGAGACGAGAUGCGCAGAUCGCGCAGCUGCCUUCUCAAUUGCGUGGCUUGCGCGAUGUGAUACUCGAAAGCCCUUAUGCUCGAAGACUUGUCGAUGAUGAUGGUGCGGAAAUGUCACGCGAUGCACCCAUCGACCGUCCUUUUCGCUUCAUUCAUGCCAAACACCUCGACGAAGAGAGCUGGACGGAAUGGAUCGUGAUUGUGGAGGUGGACACGACAACGGGAGGUGCGGUCACGGGCUUGGCCAGGACAGCUGGAGAGUUUGUAAGUCUUGCUUCGUCCGACCAGGUUUCAAUUUCACUCAACGCGAUUCAGGCUCAAGUGAGACUCUUUUGCUGCCACGCAGCUUUCGCACACGCGGCCGCCUGCUUUCCAAAAAUCCGCACUGGAUGCGUUAGGAGCUUUUAGGGACGCAAGUCCCAGAAAGAAAGGGCAGUUGCGCGAAGAUCAAGAUGAGGAGUCCCCGCCGGCUGCGAACGACCCUUCGCUGCGACCAAAGGGCGUCCCUCGCAUCUCUUGGGCUGCGGGCAGAGAGCUG